AAAUUGAAGCCUCGUCAUUCACAUUGAGAGGCUGGCGGACUAGUAAUAAUCAUAUUAUCGGCCAAACCCCUUCUGUCAAGGAGAGCCUGCAGUAAUCUCAUUAGUAAUGUUGUUGCGUAACGUUUGUGCAGUCAAAGAUCAGCCUCAUUAAGACCAAUGACAAUCACAUUUAGGUUCUCCUGACCUCCUGUAUGAUCGUAUCCCACCUGCACAAACAUGACGAAAUGCCAUAAGUGCUUCAAAAGAAUCAGUGAUGUAUAUGUUUGCCAGUUAUUCACCCUCCUUUCGCAGUGGUUCUUGCCUUUUGUUUAUCACAGGCAUCUUUCACAGACAGCAGAGAGGAUUAAGGUAGCUCUAAAUAAACCUGGCAGAUUAGGAAACAUGAUACCAGGAUGUUCUGUUUCACUUUGACAACAUGAUGGACAGAGAGAGCUGAAGACUUCAAUGAAGACAGGAAGACUAUUGAGGAGAAACCACAUCAGUGAUUUUUUUUUUUUUACCUUAACAAUAACUUAAUGUGACUAUUUUUUUUUAACCUGCAAACGAAGUUCAAUAUUACUCUGACUUAUUUAGAUCAGAUCUUAAAGUAUAAACGUGGAGAUAUUCUUUAGCUUCUGAUCUUAUGAAAAAGAAAAGCAGCCAUGCAUUGGUCUACUGAGAGCACAACGCAUUAAGCUGCUGCUAAAUGCCUGCAAGCCCAAUUCAGGUGUCGCCACAGGCGCAUCUGCAUAAUCUUUACACUCUGACAGACAGCUCAGAAUGUGGGUCAGAGAAUGAGGAAGACGAAGACCCUUCCAAGCGCCUGACACCCCUGGAAAAAUUAACGCUGGAAAUGUGCAAAGACCAAGACACCAUAAAGGAGCUGGCGGUGGGCAGAAGGGUGGGCUUCUACAAAGUCCGUGGUCAGAUCGGCUGUGGGAACUUUUCGAAGGUCAAACUGGCCAUCCACGCCCUCACCAAAGACAAGGUUGCCAUUAAGAUCAUGGAUAAGAUGAGGCUCGAUCUGCAGACCCAGAGGAUGCUGUCCAGAGAGGUCUCCAACAUGGAGAGCUUGUAUCACCCAAACGUAUUGCAGCUCUAUGAGGUUCUGGAGACGCCAAGUCGGUUGUACCUGGUUCUUGAGUUCGCUGGAGGAGGAGACCUCCACACCAGAAUCAGCUCUGAAGGAAAACUCUCUGACCGAGACAGCAAGAUUGUAUUCGCCCAAGUCCUGUCAGCAGUCAAAUACAUGCACGAGAAAAACAUCAUCCAUCGAGACCUGAAGGCUGAAAAUGUUCUUUAUACAACUAACUCCUGCAUUAAAGUGGCCGACUUUGGCUUCAGCAAGAGAGUGAACAAUCGCAACCAAGCCCUAGACAUGUUUUGCGGCUCUCCUCCUUAUGCAGCUCCGGAGCUCUUCAAAGACGAAUCUUACAUCGGGCCACCUGUGGAUGUGUGGGCAAUGGGCGUCCUUCUCUUUUUCAUGGUUACUGGCACCUUGCCAUUCCGUGCUGACACUGUGGCCAAGUUGCGCCAAAGUGUGCUGGACGGAGCCUAUGUCCUGCCAACCUGGGUAUCUGCUCCUUGUCAGCGGCUGAUCCGAGGGAUACUGAAGCCAGAACCGUUAGAGCGAUGCGCACUGGACCAGAUGUUGGGCUGCGAGUGGCUGUUGCCAGUGGAACUCUUCCGCCCGAUUCCUCCCUUUUACCAGCUCAACCCCAUUCAUCUGGUCGAGGCCGGUCCAGGGGAGUUAGACGGAGAUCAGGAGGAGGUAAAAGGUAUCCUGGAGAAACUGGGAGUCACUCAGGAACAUAUUAUUAAUAACCAAGGAAAGCGCAUUCGCAGUCCCAUUAUAGGGGUUUACCGCAUACUCUUGCACAGAGUUAAGAGAAACAGGGGAGCCGAGUUUGUGCCUACAAUCAGUGGAGUCGUCAAAGAUCCUAAAAGAGACAGUCUUUAUGCAUACAGGAAUCUACGGCACUCCUCAAAACUUUGCGUUCUUUCUUAAAGGUGCAGUAAGCGAUCUGAUGCAUUUGGCACACUGGAAACACUUCAGGAGUUUAGAUGUGUGUGUUGCGUUCUUUAACCGGCCGCCCGGAAACAAAGCCGUCAUGAUGCCAAACCUCCUCAUGGAAAAAGAAAGCCGACGUGUUUACAACUGUAACAUUGAGCGCUUACCGGGAUCAACUAAUGCUGGGUUUUCAAAAGUAUGUGAAGUUCGAGGCUCAAUUGUUGCAGUAAACUUGCAUUACGUUCUUGAUUAAUAAUUCAUUAGAUGCACACCAGUCUGUUGUUGUAGGCAAGGCACAUCGACUUUACAUUUUCAGGCACCUAAACAUGACGACGUGUAACAAAAAACAAACUGAUUGGUUGCAUUACAUGUCAGUUAGACAGCCUCUUGGGCAGACUUUGUCCAAUGAAAGUUGCGAUGGAGUCCAGUCAGUCUGGAGGUCUGGCUACGCAAGACUCGGAACGUCUAGACCUCCUCAACUGCCCGUGUCAAUAUCAGCUCUCAAAGUGAGAUAAUAUACUCCUAAUAUGUUUUUUUUUCUUUUGGUUCCCUUUUUGAUUGCUAUAACCCCUUAAUCUUGUCACGUUUGUAAAAUAUUAGUUAUCAAAGGAGUAGAGGAGCUAAAUAACAAUGAGACGUUCAACCAGAGUUAUUAUAGUAAUACAAAUUGCUUUAACUUGUUGAUGACAUCAUACCCUUGGGCAGCAGGCACAGCAGGUUUCGCCAUAGUUGUCUCGUAUGUAAAUGUGAGGCAUCAAAAUUGGGGUGUGAUCUUUUUGAGUAGGGCCAUGUUUGUUUUUGGUGAUCUAAAUUAAAAUAUCAACAGCCUUUACAGGAAAUUGCUUACUGCACCUUUAAAUGGAUAGGUUUUUUUUUUUUUUUUUUUUUUUUUUUUUUUUGUCCAAACAAUGAAAGUCAAUUGGGUCCAAAACAAUACUGGAGCCAAUUGACAUUAAUUGUUAUGGACAAAAUAACUAACAUUUUUAAAAAUAUCCUGUGUUUCAAAGAAUAAAGUUGUACAGAUGUGGAACAACAUGAGGCUAUAUAGCCUAUAUAUAUAUAUAUAUUAAAUCCUCAGCCUAAAUUUGUGGGAGUUGCUUUGUAAUUAACUGUUAUAAGCUUAUAUGGCAUAUGUCAUAUUUAUGUUUCAGUCUUGUCAGCCAGCUGUUUUCUAUUUUUGCGAAUAAAAAUGUUUAAAACGUC